CGGAACAGUGGGCGCGAGGACCGCGGCGAAGGCACGCUCCGAGGGGGCGGGGAGGGGGGGAGAGCGGGCGCCUCCGGCUGUGAAACGCGCGUGCGCGCGCCUCCUCGGGUCGCCAGGAAGGAGCCCUCUCUUCGCCGGGGACCAAGCCGGGACAAGGCAGGAGACGAGGGAGGGAGGAGGAGGAGUGGGAGACGGACGCGGCCAAUUGGGAGGUGGGAGCGAGGGGGUCUGCCACCAAUCGGCUGAGGCGGAGGACAGAACCCUGCCAGCCGGGGGAGUGCUUGCGGGAGCCUCCCCGCCAAUCCGAGGAGCGGCAGCCGCGGCCGGAGCCGGAGCAGCGCGCCAAUCGCGGGCCAGCCAGCACCAGAGAGCGCGGAGUCGGGGAUGUCCUACAAGCCCAUCGCGCCUGCCCCCACCAGCUCCGGAGCCGCCGGCACCACCAGCAGCAGCAGCAGCGCCAGCCCCGCCCCCGGAGCCCCGCCGGUCGCCACGAGUGUCCCAUCUCCAUCUGGAGCCAUCUCUGGAGCUUCUGCCCCCUUCCGACCUCUCUUCAACGAUUUUGGGCCCCCUUCGAUGGGCUACGUGCAGGCUAUGAAGCCACCAGGUGCCCAAGGCUCCCAGAGCACAUACACAGACUUGCUUUCAGUCAUUGAGGAGAUGGGCAAGGAGAUUCGACCUACCUACGCAGGCAGCAAGAGUGCUAUGGAGAGGCUGAAGCGAGGUAGGAAGCUUCCUGAGAGCUGAGUGCCUACUGGUCAUGGGGUGUGGGAGCACAUGAAAUAAGUCAUUCUAGCCCUGCAAGGCCUACGCAAGCCUGGAACUGAGCGAAUUUAUGAAGUCCCAAAUGUAACCUAACCU